AUGGACCGUGCCCCGCCGCGCGGCGCGCCCCGCGACGCCGUCGGCCAGCGAUGGCUCGCCGUCUUCGCCUUCCAGGCCGCGGUCUCGGCCGCCGCUUCGGCGCUCCACCUCGCGGUGUCCCUGCGCGGCCGCCGCCACCCGCUCCUCGGCAUCCCCACCGGCCUCCUCCUCGCGCUCGAGCCGUUCCUCGCUUGCGCCGCCACGGGGCUCCUCGCGCUCGCGCUCCUCCUCACCAAGUCCCCGCACCCGCGGCCUCCCCCGCUGCCGCGGAGCGCGCUCGCGACCGCCCUCCUCGCCGCGGCCGGCACGCUCUGCGUGGGCGCCGCGGCGGCGAUGCUACCCGAGGACGCCGGGUGGGAGGCCGUCGCUUGGCUCGGGUUCCGAGGCGCCGUGCUUGGGUCCAUCUUCGCCGGGCACUAUUUUGGCCGUCGGAGGUGGUUGCUCCAGUUCCCCGUCGUGCAGCGACCUCUAUUCUAUGGAUUGAAGAUGGUUCUCCUACCAUCUGGAAACAGAGCUCUAAAGUUAUCAAUCCAGACCUUCCUCAUUUCCCAUUUCCUAGUUUUCUUUCUUCCUUGGCAAUUCAGAAAGGGAGGUUCUGGUGGAAGCCAAAUACUUACUGAGAUCAGCAUUUUAAUAGUGACUGCUGGUAUUGGCUUCUGUUUGGAAAUAAACUAUCAGUUUGUCCAGGUUGUACAUACAAGGAGGUGCAGUUUUGCUCCACCUCAGAGCACUGCUGCUGCAGAGACUAAUCCAACUGAAUUUAUCCUGGAAACUUUGGAACAAAGUGAUCCACGAUCAUUGAUACAAUAUCUUGCUUACCAAGAUUUAUGUGUGGUAUCUGAGUGUAACUUGGAACCGUGGCGCAGUGCUGCUUUCUUUGAAGAAUCUGGUGAAACUUAUAAAAGAAUUGUGACAGCUUGUUUGAAGCCACUUGAGGAGUUUACUUCAAAAAUUGCUGAAGCCCUUGAAGGUUUUUCUAGUGAUAAGCCAGAAUCGAUGCUACAACAGUCCAAACUCUUUAGUGCAUUUGAUGAUUCCCAGAUAUGCACAUGGUGUGCUCGGACAUUGGCAGGAUUAACUGCGCGCUCACGCCAGGAGGAUCGAUAUGGUGUUGCUCAACUCACUGGCUGCAAUGCUGCUGUGAUGACAACGUUGCUGUCUGCCCUAGUAGCAAUUGAGACAUGUUUAGGAAAGAAAACAAACCCACAGCCUGUCCACUCACUGGGUCCUGAAAACAUUAGGUGGGCUAACUUCUCCACAGGACGAAAAAGCACUGGAGUUGCAAUUGCAAGCACACAAAAAGGUGGCCUGCACAAGAAAGCUUAUACCAUGGCUGAUGUUCUUCGGACUUCUGUUUAUCAGAUAGUUUCAGCAUUCAUCGAUGACCUGCGAGCUAAUGCAAAAUCAUCCAGCUUGGAGAAGAACUGGAUCAGUGAAGGGAGAAAGCCAGUAUAUGGUUCACAAGCCGUGUUGGUUCAGAAGUUGAUUCUGUUUAUUGAGUACCGUGCUGUAUGA